AACAGCUUUUAUCCUACACAUCCUCUUCCGGAGCCAAAAAACCCAAACCACAGCCAUGGAAGGAGCACCAAACCCCUCCAAGAAGCCUUCUGGCAGCCAACAGAGCUCGCCCUCAACUGCAGUAAGCCAAGGAAGCAGCCAAACCCCAACCAGUGGUCAACAGAGCCAGGGAAGUGGACAAGACAGUGGAUACCAAGGGCAAACUGGCAGCAGCUCCCAGUAUGGCAGCGGACAACAACAAGAUCAAAGCAGUGGCCAGCAGGGUAGUGGAUAUCAACAAGGACAGGAUCAGAGUGGUGGUCAGCAGGGUACCGGAAACCAACAAGGACAGGAUCAGAGUGGUGGUCAGCAGGGUAGUGGAUACCAACAAGGACAGGGUCAGAGCAGUGGCCAGCAGACUGGGGGAAGUCAGGGCAGUGGGCAACAAAGUUCUGGAACCCAGCAAGGAGGACAGAGUCAAGGACAGGGACAGGAUUCUUCUUACAACUUUAGACAGGGAAAAGAUAAGUAAUAGACCUGUGGUUUG